CAUCUUUUUUCUCUCUCACUUCUCAUUCGACAAGUACGAAGAAGAAGAAGAGAAGAGAGAAAACUUUUAGUGAGAGAAAGUCUUUGAGAGAGAGGGAGAUGAACUUAUAGUGUAAUGAACAAUUUCUAGCUAGGGUUUUGUUGAAUUGAUAAAUUAUUCAGAUGGAAAUGUCUACUCGACGAUCAAAUUAUACUUUGUUGAGUCAAGUUGCCGAUGAUAAUUACCUUCCUCCGCCACCGAAAUACUCCGUCACUGGCGGUGGCGGUGGAGGAGUAGCACCGUAUUACGAGUCUCAUUCUGGUGAGAAGGGUAAAGGAAAAACAGGUGAUAAUAGAGGAUUUGAUUGGGAUUUGAAUGAUCACCGUAAUAAUAUGAUGCAAGCGCCGAAUCGGAUCGGUGCGGCGGCAUUUCCAGGUUCGAUUGGCUUGCAGAGGCAAUCAAGUGGGAGUAGCUUUGGUGAGAGUUCGAUCUCCGGGGAGUAUUACAUGCCGUCGUUGUCUAAUGCGGAGGCGUCGUUUGGAUAUCUCAAUGAUGGCGGUGGCGGUGCUGAAGUGAGGAUGAAGCCGUUGGAAGCUAAUUUGUUCGGUGGCUCGUCUUCCAAGAGCUGGGCACAGCAGACUGAGGAGAGUUAUCAGCUGCAGUUAGCUUUGGCUUUACGGCUUUCUUCGGAAGCUACCUGUGCUGAUGAUCCAAAUUUUUUGGAUCCUGUGCCUGAUGAAUCCGCAUCCCGUGCUUCAGCUUCAGCUGCUUCGGCGGAGACCCUUUCCCAUCGAUUCUGGGUAAAUGGAUGCUUGUCGUACUUUGACAAAGUGCCUGAUGGAUUUUACUUGAUCCAUGGGAUGGAUCCAUAUGUCUGGAUUGUCUGCUCAGAUCUACAAGAAAAUGCCCGCGUUCCAUCUAUUGAAUCAUUGAGAGCUGUUGAUCCCUCUGUAGUACCAUCAGUUGAAGUGAUUUUGAUUGAUCGGCGUACGGAUCCAAGCUUGAAAGAACUGCAGAAUCGGAUCCAUAGUCUCUCUCCUAGUUGCAUCACAACAAAAGAAGUAGUUGAUCAGCUUGCUAAGCUGGUCUGCAGUCAUAUGGGGGGCACAACUUCUGCCGGAGAAGAUGAGUUGGUUCCUUUGUGGAAGGAGUGUAGUUAUGACCUGAAGGAUUGUCUAGGAUCCACUGUGCUUCCCAUUGGUAGCCUGUCUGUUGGCCUUUGUAGGCAUCGAGCUUUGCUAUUUAAAGUGCUAGCUGACGUCAUUGAUUUACCAUGUCGAAUUGCCAAAGGAUGUAAAUAUUGUAACAGAGCUGAUGCUUCCUCGUGUUUAGUUCGAUUUGGACUUGACAGGGAGUACCUGGUUGAUUUGAUUGGGAGCCCUGGAUGCUUAUGCGAACCAGAUUCCUCGCUCAACGGCCCAUCUUCUAUCUCAAUCUCUUCACCAUUGCGAUUUCCGAGAUUCAGAGAAGUUGAACCAACAACUGAUUUCAGGUCACUUGCCAAACAGUAUUUCUCGGAUUGUCAAUCGCUUAAUCUUGUGUUUGAGGAUUCUUCAGCAGGAGCUGCUGUUGAUGGAGACGCAGGACAAACUGACCGAAAUAACAUUGAGAGAAACAGUGCUGUCACUGGUCCAAGUAACCGUGAUGAAAUUUCUCGGUUACCUGUGCCUGCAAUUAGGGACAUGGCUCCUGUGAAGUAUGUCCGUCCAGUUUUGCAUGGAGAUACACAAUUAUCAGACCCAAGAGAUAUAGGGAAUGGUAUGCGAUUUCUUGAGAGAGGAAGUCAACUUGUUCCCGCUAAAAUAAGUAGAGACAUUGCCCUUGAAAUAGAAGAUUUUGAUAUUCCCUGGGAAGAUCUUGUUCUGAAGGAGAGGAUUGGGGCAGGGUCUUUUGGUACCGUUCACCGUGCUGAUUGGAAUGGUUCUGAUGUUGCUGUAAAGAUACUCAUGGAACAAGAGUUCCAUGCAGAGCGAUUCAAGGAAUUUUUGCGGGAGGUUGCAAUUAUGAAGCGGUUGCGACACCCAAAUAUUGUGCUUUUUAUGGGUGCAGUUACUCAGCGACCAAACUUGUCCAUAGUUACAGAAUAUUUAUCAAGAGGUAGCUUAUAUAGACUUCUUCAUAAACCUGGUGCUAGGGAGGUUUUGGAUGAAAGGCGUCGGUUGUCUAUGGCAUAUGAUGUGGCAAAGGGGAUGAAUUAUCUACAUAAACGCAAUCCUCCCAUCGUUCAUAGAGAUUUGAAAUCUCCAAAUCUUUUAGUGGACAAAAAAUACACAGUGAAGGUCUGUGAUUUUGGUCUUUCUCGUUUAAAAGCGAAUACAUUUCUCUCAUCAAAGUCUGCUGCUGGGACUCCGGAAUGGAUGGCACCUGAAGUUCUUCGUGAUGAACCAUCAAAUGAGAAAUCUGAUGUAUACAGCUUUGGUGUUAUUUUGUGGGAGCUGGCAACGUUGCAACAACCUUGGAGUAAUUUGAACCCAGCACAGGUUGUAGCAGCUGUGGGCUUUAAGGGGAAAAGACUCGACAUUCCACGUGACUUGACUCCACAAGUGGCAAGCAUUAUUGAGGCCUGCUGGGCCAAAGAACCAUGGAAACGUCCCUCCUUUGCUGCAAUCAUGGAUAUGCUGAGACCACUAAUUAAACCUCCUGUAACACCUCCUCAACCAGGCCGUACAGACACGCAGUUGCUUGCGUGAAUGCGUGUAAUAGAUGUAUGAUUUCUGCACAUAUUUGGCAUUCUUUGUUAAUCGUCUUCUGGGAGGAACAAAAUCUUUGUUUACUUCAGGCUUUUGUUCCGUACAUAUUAGUUCAGAAUGCCCGUCUAGAGCCGUUUUUUUCUUCACAAAUUCAAGCUGUCAUUUCUCCCAGAAGACCAUUUGCAAUUGACUUGUACGUUUCCUCAUGGAAAUAAUGUUUAGCCAUAUGAUUUUGUUAAUGCCAGCAAAUAACAGUUCUUUAAUUUUCUAUCAAGAAAAUAUUUUGUAUGUAUAAGAAUUUAUAAUGGGAAGUUGUCUUAUAGGAAUGCACAGUUUGUAUCACGUCUUUGAGAGUA